AUGGUCCGAGGGGGGCGGGGCCGACGCCGCUCGGGGACUCGCCGGCGGAGCCGCCCAGGCCGGUCCGGAGCGCGGGGCGCAGCGGCCGCACCGGAGCCCGAGCCGCCCCCGACCCCGGCCCCGCAGCCGCCAUGUACGACGCCGAGCGCGGCUGGAGCUUGUCCUUCGCGGGCUGCGGCUUCCUGGGCUUCUACCACGUCGGGGCGACCCGCUGCCUGAGCGAGCACGCCCCGCACCUGCUCCGCGACGCGCGCAUGUUCUUCGGCGCCUCGGCGGGGGCGCUGCACGGCGUCUCGGUCCUCUGCGGGGUCCCGCUGGACCAGGUACUGGAGAUCCUCUCGGAACUUACCCGGAAGGCCAGGAGUCGGAACAUCGGCAUCUUCCAUCCAUCCUUCAACAUGAACGAGUUCUUCCGACAGCGUCUCUACAAAUGCCUCCCAGCCAACGUCCACCAGCUCAUCUCGGGCAAAAUAGGCAUCUCGCUCACCAGAGUGUCUGAUGGAGAAAACGUUCUCGUGUCACACUUUUGGUCCAAAGACGAAGUCGUGGAUGCCUUGUUGUGUUCGUCCUUCAUCCCUUUCUACAGCGGCCUCAUCCCUCCUUCCUUCAGAGGCGUGCGGUACGUGGAUGGAGGAGUCAGUGACAGCAUACCCUUCACUGACGCCAAAACGACCAUCACUGUGUCGCCCUUCUACGGGGAAUACGACAUCUGCCCGAAAGUGAAGUCGACAAACUUUCUCCACGUGGACAUCACCAAGCUCAGCCUGCGCCUCUGCUCGGGGAACCUCCACCUUUUAUCGAUGGCAUUUGUCCCCCCGGAUCCCAAGGUGCUGGGAGAGAUAUGCCUUCGAGGGUAUUUGGACGCGUUCAGGUUCUUGGAAGAGAAGGGCCUCUGCAGCAGGCCCCAGCCUGGCCUGAAGUCAUCCUCAGAAGGGAUGGAUUCUGAGGUCGCCGCGCCGGCCUGGGAACACGCGAGCCUGGAAUCUUCCCCCGAGCUGGCCGCCUUGGCUGUGAGGCUGGAGGGGGACGAGCUGCUGGAGCACCUGCGUCUCAGCAUCCUGCCCUGGGAUGAGAGCAUCCUGGACACCCUCUCGCCCAGGCUCGCUAUAGCACUGAGUGAAGCACUGAAGGACAGAGGUGGUUACAUGAGCAAGAUUUGCAACUUGCUGCCCGUUAAGAUAAUGUCCUACAUGAUGCUGCCCUGUACCCUGCCCGUGGAGUCCGCCAUUGCGAUUGUCCAGAGGCUGGUGACAUGGCUUCCGGAUAUUCCCGACGACGUCCAGUGGCUGCAGUGGGUGACCUCGAAGAUCUUCACUCGAGCGCUGAUGUGUCUGCUCCCCACCUCCAGGGCUCCAAUGCCAGCCAGCCGCCAACAGGCUUCCCCAAGCAAACCCAGGCAGGACUGGGACUGCCGGGCUCCCCGCUCCCCCGCGGUCUGUCCUGCGGAAGCCAAAGCGGGGGCCGCCCCACGGUCCAUCCUCAGGUCCAGCCUGAACUUCUACUUGGGCAGUGAAGUGCCCGCGGGCGCUGAGGGGCUCUCCGCCUUUCCCAGUUUGUCCCUGGAGAAGAGUUUGUGAGUCAUUUGAGGACGCGAGUCUAGGAGAUUCUUUCAGGGGUGCUGAAGAGUCUCAUCUGUGUUCAGCUACCGCUGCACUGCUGUGUAUUCACGCUGCUGUGAUGUGAGCUGAGGUGGUUUUAUGAAAAGCUGGGAACAAACCCUUGGUCUGGGUGGCGGUGGCAGCCCAGCACAUAAGCAUGCGUUAGCUUAGCUGGUUGGGAAGUGACACCAGGAAGCCUAGGAUCCCACCUCCCCGUGCAGUGGGAGGGGGUGCAGUUGGUCCCCAAGAAGGACACUGCCUGUCAGGUGGCUUGCAGAGAUAAUUACCUUGACACCUAAAAGCAUCUCCUUGCAGGGGUAACAAAAUGAUAACCGAUUUACAUUUUAGAACACCUUUUCCACCUGACUAAAAGACUGUUUAAAGAAUUUUUAUAAAAAUGUAAGGAAGUUUUGUUAUCUGUUGAAUUUUGUAUUAUGUGAAUCAAUGAGAUGUUAAAUAGAAAAAGCCUU